UGAAUAUACUUUGAACUUCCAUACAUCAAACACUCUUACUUGAGUUUAAAUUAGAAAAAAAUACACUUAAUUCAUAUGUAUCAAACAAAAAAGGUUGCAUGUAAAAAUAAUGUUUAAAACAAAAACAGUGAUAGACAACUAGUAACGGUUACAAAAAAUUGAUUGAUAAUUUAAAGCUUUGUGUGAACCUAUCAAACCUGUAAACAGAUGAAAAAUAAGUGCAGGAAAGAGCCCUCCUUCUUACAUGACAUGGCCCAUAAAUCCCCUCAUUUUUGGCUCUACUUUUCCUAGAGGCUUACCCUAUCUUUAUAUACUUCUUCCACCAAGUUUACAGAACACAUCAGGCUCAGAAAGUUGAGGUUGGCUGUUCAAGUGUCUCUAAGAGAUGCUAAGAAAAAUAAUAAUUAAGGACAUUUGUAGUAUCAAAGGCAGAUGAAGACUGAAUCUUAGAAAAAUCACGAUUGCUCUCCUUGUAGAACAGUUUUCCAAAUAUCUGCAGAUCAGUGGAAUUUACUAGAUAUUCUUUUCAAAGUAUAAGUUUGAAUCACAAUUCAGUUCUAAGAGCAGUAAAAAAUAAAUAAAAUUCUGUAGUCAUGUUUAAACUUAGCAUUGAAUAUAACAAAUUGAUGCUUUAACGUUGUUUUAUGAGGGCAGAUACAAAUAAUUAAAAUAAAAUUGAAGUUUUUAUCAACUAAUUGAUACUUAUUUAUUAACCACCAUCUCAAUAAAUCUCAGUUUCUAACUACUUUGCUGGUACAUUAGCAAUGGAUUUUGAGAUCACAGCGAUUAAGAAAUAAUUUAUAAUAGAUAGGUAUUCAACAGUAUAACGAAUAACGAAAAUAACAUAUUCACAACUCAAUUAGUAGUCUUUCAUUUACUAUGGGAAAUAAUGAAAAGAACUGUAAUUUAAUAAAUUUUUAUUUUUUAAACCAAACAAAUUUAACACUCGGUUAUACCAAAGUAAAUAUAGUAUGACUAAUUUAAUGGUUCUCAAAAAUAAUAUUUGACAUUAUUAAAACGAUAUUUAACUUAACCCCUGAAAAUAAAUCUCUCUAAGAACUAACUAUAAUGGUUAAGUUGUAGUCUUAUCAAUUCAUGGCUAAUAUUAAAAAAAAACCCAGCAACGAGUAUUACAUUUUCUUAUCAAAUAGAUUAAUGCGAUAGGUUGUGCGUACUAAGUUCGGAAAUUGCAGUAAAUGAACAAUUAAACCUGAAAUGAAAUAAUAAGAAUCAAAAUUUGUUAAGUUGAUACUGUCACUACAUUUUCAGUUAAUUACUUAGAAAUUAAAAUUAUAAUUAGUAGCUACACUAAUAAAUUGGGAUUUGUACUUAAGAAGACUUUUAUAAUAUCACUUUUUUAUUUCCACCUAUCAAAGCAAAAUCAAAUAACUUAGUUGGCAGUUUAGAACUUUUAUUUACAAAUUACCUUGUCUACAAACAGGCAAUAGUAUAGAUAUGUACACUGUAAACUAGUCGAUUUAAAUUACGAUAUCAGUAUCCCCCAGUUCCUCAUCUGUUGGCAGUAUGAUUUUAUCUGCUGGCAAAUAAUUAGGAUCUAUCAAUGGUAAUCCAUUCUUUUCUCUUCUCCUAAGCUCUAAGAAAGCUUCUCUCUGAGCCCAAUCUCUUCCUAAAGGCUGAGGUCUAUAAGCUAGUAGGAAUCCUCCAAAUACCAUGAGCACUGUCACACCAAUGAACAUUGUCAUAUGAAGUACAUGUCUAUCUUCCUCAAUAUCACUCUCUGAGAAACCAUAACUAAUCCAAUUUUUAGGUUUAUCACAUUCUGUAUUAGAGGGUACUCCACUGGCCACUGUGGCAGGAUCUCUAUUUUUCUUUGAAGUAGAUAUACAUCUAAUAUGUAAUGGUUUUAGAACCAAAGGCACAUUUCUCAGGUUGCUGAAAAGUUUGGACCUAACGAGUGACGACAUUGCUUCACAAAGCAAAAAUAUUAUCUCACCAGUAAAAAGAAAAUAAAUUUUAUAACCCUAAUACCCAGAUGACACUUGAACAGCUGCCAUUUACUGACCACAAGUAACUUAAUCUGCAACAAAGAGCUUCUUGAAUUCCCGCCAUAUUUACAUCUGCGUGCUUGAGUGGUGGGAUAAAAAGAGUUGUUCAUAUGAAGCCUUUCCGAUGAGGGAACGUUGAGGUUUUCUUUGUGUUCCUGUAUAUUCUUGUAGUGUAUAUAGAUGUGAAUUCUUGUGUUUUAGUUAUAAUAAGAUUUAUAAAAUGGCCAAUUUAGUGCUCGACAAAGAUGCUUUCAACCGGCGAAUGAGCCGUUUAUAUAAAGCGUUGAAGAAUGGUGAUAAAGAUGAAUUUCCCAAAAUUGAUGCCUUAGUGACUGCUACUGGUGCAGAUGAUGAUGUAGUUUACAGUAAAUCAACAGCUCUGCAGACAUGGCUUCUAGGUUACGAACUCAUGGAUACUAUUAUGAUUCUUGCUGUUGAUGGGAUUCAUUUUCUGGCUUCUAAGAAGAAAAUUGAUUUUUUGAGACAAAUAGAAGAUUCUAAAGAAGAAAAUGGUUAUCCUUCAGUGAAACUUCAUGUUCGUGACAGGAAUGAUGACUCAGGAAACUUUAAAAAACUUAUUGAAGCCAUUAAAGGAAGCAAGGAUGGUAAAACAUUGGGAGUCUUUGCAAAAGACAACUUUUCUGGUCCUUUUGUGGAAGCAUGGAAGAAAACGGUUAAAAGUGAAAACUUUCAGACUGUUGAUGUAAGCAGUGCUGUUGGACUAAUAUUGUCUGUAAAAGAAGAAUCGGAACUAAGUUUAGUGCGCAAAGCGAGUCAAGUAACAGUAGAUGUUUUCUCAAAAUAUUUAAAAGAACAAAUAAUGGAUAUUAUUGACUCUGAUAAGAAAGUCAAGCACAGCAAAUUGGUCGAAGGAAUUGAAAGUUCUCUUACCGAUAAAAAAUAUGUUGGUAAUGUAGAUACUUCAAACGUAGACAUGUGUUAUCCACCAAUUAUACAGAGUGGUGGUAAUUACAACUUAAAGUUCAGUGCUGUGAGUGAUAAGAAUAAUUUACACUUUGGAUCAAUUGUAUGCACCCUAGGAGCAAGAUACAAAUCUUAUUGUUCCAAUAUAGUCCGGACAUUCCUUGUUGAUCCAACUGAUAAAAUACAGGAACAUUAUAAUUUCUUAUUAGAAAUGUAUGAAGAGUUGUUGAAAAAAUUACAAGCUGGAACUAAACUUAGUGAUGUUUAUAACGCAGGUGUCGACUACACAAAAAAGCACAAACCUGAUCUUUUAGAUAAGCUCACAAAGAAUUUUGGAUUUGCCAUGGGUAUCGAAUUUCGGGAGAGCUCUCUGCUAAUCGGACCAAAAACUCAGACCAUAGCUCUAAAAACACAAGUUUAUAACCUCAAUGCAGGUUUGUCUGGACUUUCUAAUAAUGAAGCUAAGGAGAAAGAAGGAAAGACAUACGCUUUAUUUAUUGGUGAUACAGUGAUCGUUAACGAGGGGGCUCCAGCUACAAUCUUGACACCAGCCAGAAAAAAAAUGAAGAAUAUUGGCGUGUUUCUUAAAGAUGGUGAGGAGGACGAAGAUGAGGAAGAAAAGGAAAAUGAGCCUGUUCAUCAACCUAUUCUUGGGCGUGGUAAAAGGACUGCUGUACUUGAUUCUAAGUUAAGACAAGAUUCUUCUACUGAAGAAAAGAGAAAACAGCAUCAGAAAGAACUUGCUGCUCAGUUGAAUGAAGCAGCAAAGAAGCGCCUCGCUGCUCAGUCUAGUGGAAGGCAAGAAGAAAAAGUUAGAAAAAGUAAUGUUUCCUACAAAAGUAGAUCGCAAAUGCCUAAUGAGUCUGAAGUUAAAGAACUCAAGAUUUUUGUUGAUAGGAAAUAUGAAACUGUUAUACUUCCUGUAUUUGGAAUACCCGUUCCUUUCCAUAUCUCAACCAUUAAAAACAUUUCACAGAGUGUAGAAGGAGAUUAUACCUAUCUCAGGAUAAACUUUUUUCAUCCUGGAGCUACAAUGGCUCGUAAUGAAGGUGCAGCUUUCGCUCAGCCUGAUGCCACUUAUGUUAAGGAAGUAACAUAUCGGAGCACAAAUACAAAAGAACCUGGGGAAACUGUUGCACCAUCAUCUAAUUUAAACAAUGCAUUCCGUAUCAUUAAAGAAGUACAAAAGAAAUUCAAAUCCAGAGAAGCAGAAGAGAAAGAGAAGGAGGAUCUUGUCAAACAGGAUGUUCUGGUACUUUCUCAAAAUAAAGGAAAUCCUAAACUUAAGGACCUUUAUAUAAGACCGAAUAUUGUCAACAAAAGAAUGACAGGAUCAUUGGAAGCUCACACGAAUGGUUUUCGCUAUACAUCAGUCCGUGGUGAUAAAGUGGAUAUUUUAUACAACAACAUAAAAAAUGCCUUCUUUCAACCAUGUGAUGGAGAAAUGAUAAUUCUCUUGCAUUUUCACUUAAGGCAUGCAAUUAUGUUUGGAAAGAAAAAGCAUUUGGAUGUACAGUUCUAUACAGAAGUCGGUGAGAUUACGACUGAUCUCGGAAAACACCAGCACAUGCACGACAGAGAUGAUUUAGCCGCUGAGCAAUCUGAAAGGGAAUUGAGGCAUAAACUUAAAACAGCUUUCAAAAGUUUUUGUGAAAAGGUUGAAGCUAUGACAAAACAGGAAAUCGAGUUUGACACUCCUUUCAGAGAUCUAGGAUUUGCAGGAGCUCCUUUCAGGAGCACUGUAUUGUUACAGCCAACCUCAGGUUGUCUUGUUAAUCUCACUGAAUGGCCUCCAUUUGUGAUAACGUUAGAAGAUAUUGAACUUGUACACUUUGAGAGAGUUCAGUUUCACCUCAAAAAUUUUGAUAUGAUCUUUGUUUUUAAAGAUUACCAUAGGAAAGUAGCGAUGGUUAAUGCCAUACCAAUGAAUCUUCUAGAUCAUGUUAAAGAAUGGCUGAAUUCAUGUGAUAUCCGGUAUUCAGAGGGUAUUCAGUCUCUUAAUUGGACCAAAAUUAUGAAAACAAUUACUGAUGAUGCUGAGGGCUUUUUCGAACACGGCGGCUGGACUUUCCUUGAUCCAGAAAGUGAUGCAGAAGAAGCCGAAGAUGAUGAUGAUGAAGAGGAAGAUGAUGCUUAUGAACCAUCUAUUAGCGGGGAUGAAGAAGAAAGUGAAGAUGAUUCAGAUUAUUCAGAAGCAUCCGAAGAUAGUGGUACUGAAGAAGAAUUGCGUUCAUCUGAUGAAUCCGGGAAAGAUUGGUCUGAUUUGGAAAGAGAGGCCGCUGAAGAGGAUAGGGAAAAAGAAGAUGAUUUCGACGAUGAGUACGCUAAAAGCAAACUCAAACGCAGUGGAAAGGAUAGAUAUCCUGACCCGAAGCGAAGCGGGAAACAUGAUAAGCAUGAUAAAUCAAGGCACCACAAAUCAUCAUCCUCUCCAGACAAAAAACACAAGAGUAGUUCAAAUCAUCACAAGUCCUCUCACAGUAGCCCAUCAAAACACAGGGACAAGGAUAAAGAUAAGCACAGGGACAAGAGCAAAUCCUCAAGUCAUCAUAGCAGUAGUGAUAAGAAACAUAGCUCUUCGAGUAGUAACCACAAAUCGUCACAUCAUGACAAGCAUAAUGAUAAGAAGAGACAUCAUAGCAGCGGAAGCAGCAGUAAAGGAACUCCAUCCAAAAAGCCCAGAAAAUAAUUCAGCAAAUCUAUCAUUCCAAAAAUUGCUGUGACCUGCCUGGGCAGCAGGAGCUGCAAAUUUUAUUUUGGAGUUUUAAUGUAAUUAUAUCUUAAGCUUUAAAAAAAGAGGAAGAUGUUUUUAUGAUGAGUACAUCUUUGAAUCCAAAACAAUUGUCAUAAUUGUUAGAAUAUUUGUAAAUACAUGUAAGAGAGGUUUUUACAUUGUUUAAUUUCCAACUUCCAAAAUAUUUAAUGAAUAAUAAAAGGGCGAGUUGUUGUAAACCAAUUUUGUUAACAUAUGACUCACAUUUUACAUUUUUAUAUGUUGUGUGCUUAAAGAAGGUUGUUUAUAACCUGGUCUCAACACUUAAAAGUUGUACAUUUCAUGACUUUUCAGUUAUUUGUUAUUGUAUUUCUUUUUUUCCAUCUCAAGAGGUGUUAGUUUGGAUGAACCUGAUGUCUUUUCUUUCUUUUAGUUCUUUUGAUUGUAAAAUCUAUUUUUUAUAAAUGUUCCUUUAAAUCAGUAGUGGUAAUUAUUUGAAUAGAAAAUAGACUUCUUAAAGAUUUGGUUGUUAUAAGUGUCUACUUUUCAACAAUUUAAUAAAAUUACAGUUUUUAUAACUUGUAAUGUUUUGUAAAUUUAAUCAUGUACUUCAUUGUUAUUAUAAUUUUUGUAAUAAGUUGAAAUAUUUAUGGAUUAUAUUGUUUAUUUCAUUCUCC